AUGGAUCCAGGGGUGAACAGAUACAUCCUUCUGAAUGAAGGAAAAGGGCUUGUUCCUGGGUACCCACCUUCCAUGAGGAAUAUCAUCGGGAAUAAAAACAUCGCUGCUGUCCAUGGCGCCACCCACAAGUAUAUCAGAGGCUCUCUGCUAUCCCUCAUCGGCCCUCCUGUCAUCAAAGACCACCUUCUCCAGCAGGUUGAUGGGCUCAUGAGAUCCUUCCUCCAUAACUGGUGAGAACUCGACACUAUUGACAUCCAAGACAAGACCAAUGAGAUGGCACUCUUGGUAUCCUAUAAGCAAAUGCUUGAAAUUGAACCAGCUUUGUUAUAUGAGGCAUUCAAACCAGAGUUUGAUAAGCUUGUGAUAGGAACACUGGCGAUGCCCAUCAACCUUCCUGGCACAAACUAUUACUUUGGCUUCCAGGGAAGGAAGAAUGUGCUCAAAAUGCUGAGAAAAGUGAUAGCAGAGAGAAGAGCUUCUUCAGCGACCCAUAAUGACAUGCUUGGUGACCUCCUAAGCAAGGAAGACCCAAAGCACAGUCUACUCAGCGAUGAGGAGAUACUUGAUCAGAUCAUAACAAUUCUGUAUUCGGGUUACGAGACCGUCUCAAAAACUGCCAUGAUGUCUAUCAAAUAUCUCCAUGAUAAUCCAAAAGCCCUUCAACAACUUAGAGAAGAGCAUUUAGCCAUUCGCAAAGGAAAAAGCCCAGAGGAUCCAAUCGGCUGGACCGAGUACAAAUCCAUGACCUUCACUCGAGCUGUGAUCCUUGAGACCUCCAGAUUGGAUACCAUAGUUAAUGGAGUAUUGAGGGAGACAACCAAUGAUAUUGAAGUGAAUGGAUAUGUCAUUCCAAAAGGAUGGAUGAUAUAUGUUUAUACAAGGGAGACCAACUAUGAUCCACUGCAGUAUCCAGAGCCUUUCACCUUCAAUCCAUGGCGAUGGCUGGAUAAGAGCCUGGAGUCUCAGAAUUACUGCUUCCUGUUUGGAGCAGGAAACCGAGUUUGUCCAGGAAAGGAAUUGGGAAUUGUUAAGAUCUCUAUGUUCCUUCACCACCUUGUUACCAGAUACAGGUGGGAAGAAGUUGGGGAUGCUGAAAUUGCCAAGUUCCCAAGAGUUGAAGCACCAAAGGGCCUGCAUAUAAAGAUAACUAAGUACUAG